AUGGAUCAAUCCAAAAGGCAUCGUAGAGUACUUCGUACCACCUUCACUAAAUCGGCGAAAGAAUUAGAAGACUUUCUAUCGGCGCCGGAAGGAAAGGCACGUUUAAUCUCUGUAUCGCUGGGUAUUUUGAAACAGAAAUAUGAUGAUUUAAGAAGAAUUGACAGCGAUAUAUACCAGUCCCUAUUGGAAAGUGAUGGAAGUGAAGCAGAAUUGUUGGCAGAGAUGGAUGGUAGUGAAGUUUACAUUAGGAAAUUCACUGACUUGAACGCACAAGCCGAGGAUUUGUUACAGAAGCCGCGAGGCGAACUAGAUGAAGAGGUAAACUCCGUAGCCUCGGAAAGUAAUGUAGGAGGCAGAUCAGAUGGACGUUAUGAAGUCAGGUUGCCAUGGUUAGAGGGACAUCCAGCGCUGCCUAGCAAUUAUUACAUGGCGAAGAGGAGAUUGGAUAACACAAUGAAGAAAAUCAUUAAGGAUGGUUAUUUCGAGGCGUAUGAUCAAGUAUUUAAAGACUGGCUAACUGACAACAUUAUUGAAGAGGUGUUAGAGGAUCAAGUGAACAAGUCGGCCCAUUAUCUACGGCCAGUGAUUAAACCUAACAGCACAACGACAAAGAUACGACCGGUUUUCGAUGCGUCCGCCAGAGAAAAGGAUAACCCUUCAUUAAACCAAUGUCUAGAAAAGGGGGUUAAUUUAAUUGAACUAAUUCCGGCUAUUUUGUUAAGGUUUAGACAGCAAAGACUUGGUGUAAUUUCCGACAUCAGUAAAGCUUUUCUACAGAUCAGUAUACAUUCGGAGGACAGAGAUUUUCUUAGAUUCUUAUGGUGUGAUAAGGAGAACAACCUCAAAGUGUUUCGUCAUCGACGGGUGGUGUUUGGAAUUACUAGUAGUCCUUUCUUGUUGGGAGCUUCGUUAGAAUAUCAUCAAAAUUUGUGA